UUUUCAUAUGGGAGUAACAUUCAAACGCGGGUGAAAAUGGUACAAUAUACGUUGGUUUUUCUCUUCACGGCGUUCAUCAGCGUGUAUGGCGCGAGCUACGCGGAAUACGAUUUAAUAAAAUCCGACAUAUGCUAUGAACGCCGGAUCGCGCUGUUUGCCAAAAUCGACACACUGCUAGACUCGCGAAAGCAAAUAAAAACUUUGAACGAAUUCCAGCAGGGUGCCAUCUACGAGCAGGUUUGGAACUCGUCCUCCUUCAAGCGCUAUAGCGAAUGUAAAUUCACCCUGCAGUCCCAAGUAGGCACGGGGCUAUAUUUGAUCAUACGCAAGUUGAAUCUACGACGGGACCCGAAAGGAAACUGCAUCGAUUUAGUCUCGAUUAAGCAGAGUUCCGGCAAAAAGUCACGUUUCUGCUACACACCAGAAGAUGUGCCAAGAAAAUUUUUCGACAAAAACAAUUUGAAGAUUUCCAUCAAGCUGGACUCGUUCGUUCCGCUACCGAGCGUGGAAGAUAUGCUACAAAUACAGAUGGUGGCCACGCAGACCAGAGAGUGCACUUCCAGCAAGGACGAGCUGCAAUGCGAGAGUUACUCUUCGUAUUCCUGCAUCCACAAAUCGUUCGUCAACGACGGUGUGAUAAACUGUCCCAAUUGCACGGACGAGCCAAGUUGUUCCCUAGUGCCAGCCGAAGUCGUCGUGAGCAACCAAAAUAUUGCCCUCACAGCAUUUGUUUCCCUCCUGACGACGGCAACUGUAUUCGGCACGUGUCUAAUGUGCCUUUAUAAAAACAGGCAAAGCAUGCCUCUGUGCAGUAGCGGAUACAACAGUGGCAGUGGAACGGACAUUGGCAGUCGAGGUGGCACACGGCCGUCAGCACCGCCAUUAGCGUUGGAUGAGAAGGAUCUGCCGCCCAGCUACGACGCCCUGUUUCCUACCGCCGCAGUUGCCUCCAGCUCCGCUGGGCCCACAACAGUUUCGACGGCCACCUCGCCGACCAUACCGAAGACCUGCCUGGACCGGGAAUCGGACACGUCGACGUAAUAUCCUGCCGCAAAUGCAGUCGUUUGCAUUUCGUUUCGUUAUUGUUGCUGUAUAUAAGCUUUACCGUACGUUGUAAUAGGAUAACUUUAAACGUGAACGAGGUCCACCAAACCGUGGACCGAGAUGGCCUGGGGUGCAUCCCAGCGAUGCGUGGUAAUGAGCACUCUGCUAGUAUUAAACCAAAUUUCGCGCAACUGUUUUGUCGAAAAUGUGUCAACCAGCCGGUAUUAUAAGCUAAUCUCACACGUUCUGCGCAUUUAAAUGUCAGCAUUACUUAACGAAUAUGCCUACUCGGGUUAAAUCGGGUUUUAAACGAAAUCUCGAGCAUACAAUUCGAGCAUCGCUGUCAAGAAGAGCGCUGUACUAGAAGCUAGAUGUCGAUUCCGGCAAAACUCUCAAACAAUACUGUAGAUCUAUUUAUUAUCCGCGGCGAUACGGUGGCUUGGUUAACGCGAAAGCUGCGACCCACUACAGGUCUUCUACGAUUUCUUUCGUGCGUUGUUUAGUAACGUUGGACUAUAGCUCUGUACAGUGGGGUGUUAUUUUGAAAAUAAAACUACUCACUAGAAAAUGUGAAA